AUGGCCGUCUGUGGGUUCGUGGCCAUUCUUUUCUGCAGUGCGACGUUUGCUUCGCCAGCUCUUGCUCAAGCCCCACCGGCUGGUGAGCCUGAUAGUGCGCUGGCCGCCAUGGAAGACGCCCCCGCGAGUGAUCCCCCGCCGGAGACAUUCUUCGAGAUUCUCAACGCCGGCGGCGUGGUGGGCUACUUGAUCAUCGCCUUGUCGUUGGCCGCUGCCGCGCGAAUUGUCGAGCACUUGAUUACCAUUCGGGAAUCGGUUCUGGUUCCGCGCGACCUGGCCAAGAGCGUUCGCAAACUGUGCGAGCAGAACAAGAUUGCCAAGGCCCAGGAGCAGUGCAACGUGCAGGCCAGCAUGUUGGCUUACAUCCUGCACUCAGGCCUGCAAGAAGCCAACGCCGGCUGGGGCGAAGUGGAGAAGGCGGCCGAAGAUGCCCUGGCCGAACAGUCGGCCCGACUGUAUCGCAAGAUUGAAUGGCUUUCGGUCAUCGGCAACAUAGCCCCCAUGCUCGGUCUGUUGGGCACCGUGAUCGGCAUGGUGCUGGCCUUCCGCGAAGUGGCCUUCACCCAGGGGGCGGCUCGUGCGGCUGACUUGGCCGAGGGGAUUUAUCUCGCGCUGGUCACCACCGUGCAGGGGUUGAUCGUGGCGAUUCCUUCGCUGGGGGCAUUCGCGGUGUUCCGCAACCGUGUCGAUUACCUGGUGGCCGAAGCCGCUUCGGCCACGCAGUACGCACUUAGUCCGUUGAAGCGACAAACCGACAUUCGUUUCGUCGAGCCGAGUUCGCUGAUGCGCGCUCCCACGCGAGCCAGCGGUGCCGGGCUCGAUAUCAACAUGACGCCGCUGGUGGAUAUCGUCUUUCUGUUGAUUGUGUUCUUCGUGGUUUCCAGCCACCUGGCCAAGCAGGAAAUCCAACUUCAGCUCGACUUACCCGGGGCUUCCAGUGCCCGUCGCGCGGCUUCGGCCCAUGCCCGCCGGUUGGUGGUCAAUGUGUUGCCCGAGGGGCAACUGAUGCUGGCCGGUCGCGCGGUCACGGUUGAAGAGCUUGAGAAGAUGGUGGAGUACGAACAGCGGCGGUCGAAGGAGUUGCUCGAGGUCCGCAUCCGUUCCGAUCGUAAUGUGCCCUAUGAGUUGAUCGAGCCCGUGUUGGUGGCCUGCGCUCGUGGUGGCGUAUGGAAUGUGAGCUUCGCCGUGGUCGAAAGAAUGACGCCGAUGAUCGAUGUCGUGUUUCUGCUGCUGAUUUUCUUCUUGUGCACGGCCAGCUUUCAGAUCGUGGAAAAGGUGCUGCCCACGCCGCUUUCGACUUCCGGCUCGGUGCAACUCCCGCAGGAGAUCGACCUGGAGUUGGCGGAACUUGAGGAAGUGGUGGUCCGUCUGCAAUGGGACGCCGGCAAGCCGACGUGGAUGAUCAACAGUCGGGUGUACGAUUCGCUGGAAGACGUGCGCAAUACGCUGGCCACGUUGGCUGAGCUGCAGGCAGAUCUUCCGGUGAUUCUCGACGUUGCCGGGCAGGCUGUCGAGCCGCAGGGAAAUGCCGACCAGCAGUUCAUCGAGGGUUUGCGCGAGCGGCACCUUUAUCGUCUCGCCCAGACGUUCUGCCUGGAGCAACUUUCGAGGACCGACCUACCCGAAGCUCGUCGGGCGCAGCUCGUGGUGCAGCUUUCGCAGUGCUUUGCCGAGCACGCCUUGCAUACCAAGCCGGGCGAGCGGGAGCCGUUAUGGCAGCAGGCCGUCACCGUGACCGAGCAGUUUACGGACGAGUACCCUGAGUCGAUGCAGUGGCCCAAGGUGCGGCUGCAGACCGCGCUGGUUCUGUUGGCGCAUGGUGAAUCACUUCGUCGACAACUCGAACUUUCUUCCCAGCCGGGAGACUUGCCUGAAGAGGCUUACGACUCGCUGCAUUCGUCGAUCGAUAUUACGGAUCAACUCGAUCAGUUCUUAGCCUCCAGGCUGCGGGCGGCGAGUCGGCCGGCUUCUGCGCCGGAAGACGAUCUCAGCGAAGGCGAACUUCGCUGGUUGCAGAUUCAAGCACAGUUCUAUAACGCGCUGGCUUCGCUUAACCAGGGUCAACUGUUUCCCAUGGGCAGUGCCGAUCGGGUGGCCUCGUUGCGUUCGGCGAUCGAGCACUUCGGGGCAUUGGCUAAGCUGGACGACUCGCAACCGAUGGCUUGGAAAAGUCGGGUGGAGAUGAUCGCCUGUUACCGGCUGAUGGGCAACCUGACCGAGGCCGCCCGGCACUUGCAGCAUUGGCUUGCCAGCAAUCCUCCCGCGGUGGUGCAGACCGAGUUGCAAAUGCAGGGCGUGUUGCUGGAUUUGGCGCAAGACGAUUACACGGCCGCGGUGAACCGCGUUAAGGAACUCGAACAGGGCAACUGGCAGCGAACGGCCGAGUGGGACGACGCGGUGAUUCAACUCUUUCUGGCGAUCUCAACCGCCGCCGCGGAGAAAGGCGAUGCGACGCAAGCCACCGCGUGGCGCAAUCAGGCGAUCGCCCGACUGCCGCAGAUCGCCCGCCACGGACAGUUCUGGAAACGCCGGGCCGAAACACAACUCGCUCGUUCGGUGAGCAACGAUGCGAACUCGCCGGAUGAAUUGCAAACGCUUGCGCGGGCCGCCGCGGGGUUCUAUCGCAGUGGUGAGUUUGCGGAAGCGGUCUCUGCUUACGAUCGGGCUCGCGUGGCUGCCAGCACUCAGGGACAACAGGAUCAGUUCUUCGACUUGAGCCUUACGGCUGCCGCGAUCGAACAAGAGCAGGAGAACUAUGCGGAGGCGGCGAAGCGCUUUCGUGAGUUGGCCCUCGCGAUGCCCGAGCAUACCCGAGCGGCCGAAGCCCACAUAACGGCGGUGUACAACUGCGCCCGAGCGGCCCGCUCGAAGCGACCGAUUGUCUUGGAUGAAUAUCUCGCCUGGCUGGAAGAACACGUUCGUACAUGGCCACAGGCUGCCAGUGCCGAUCAGGCCCGAUGGCUGUUGGCCCGGGUGUAUCAACAACAGGGACAAUGGGACGAGGCCAUUGCUGCUUUGCGGGGCAUCUCGCCUGAGAGCUCACAGUUCAUUCCCGCGCUGCAAGCGUUGGGCGAGUGCUACGAAGAGAAGCUCGCGAACCUGGCGGGUGCCGGUGAGGACCCUUCGCCCACAGCCACCGAGGCGAUGCAGUGGUUCAAGGGUUUGGUGGUUGGUGGCGACGAUCGCUGGCCUGAACGAUGGAGCCCAGCCCAUCGAGAGGCGGCGUUGUUGGCGGCUCAAUUCAUGUUGUUGCACGCGAAAGAUCCCCGCGGUGCUGAGGGGAUGUUGCGGCAGGCGAUGACCACCGCCGGUGAGGAAUCGGCUGCGUGGAACGCGAAGGCAAACGGCUUGCUCGCGCUCGCGCUGGCCGGGCAGGGGCGUUCUGAGGAAGCCAUUCCGCUACUCGAGCAGUUGUUGAAUGCCCCGGCCGAGCAGCGACUGGAAUUGCUGUUAGGGCUGGAAGGGUUGGGUCGUGGGAGUGAAUCUUCUUCCGGCGAGCUAUCCGAUAUCCGGCUCGAACUGGCUCAAUCGCUGGAGCCGGAUCAACACACGAUCUCCGAGGAAGAACGCAGCCAGUGGCAGUUGGCCUGGGCACGAGCCUUGGCGGCGGCGGGGAAAACCAACGAGGCCGCGCGACGAUACGGGGCCGUGCUGCACUCGGAAAAAGAUAACGUGGACGCGCACUACGAAUACGCGCAGCUUCUCGCCGACAGUGGCGAUCGGGCUUCGCUGGAGAAGGCACUCAAACUAUGGCUCGAUGUGCUGGCCGCGGCAACGCCUGAGAGUCAGCGUUGGUUCGAAGCCAAGUACCGACUGGCGCAGACGCACUUCCAACUUGGCGACCCCGAGCGGGCCGCCAAGAUUAUCCGUCUCACGCAAGUCCUUCAUCCCGAACUCGGCACACCGCAGCUCAAGCAGCAAUUCGCCGAGCUGCUGGCGCGCUGCCAGGCCGAGAGUUCGCAGUAG